GUGCGACUGUGGCUUGUGGUUAUUUCAUGUUGCAUUUUUACGGAACUCGUUCACAUGGAUUCGUUAAAAGGAGAAAAACACAAAACGAAACUAAAUGCAAAGAAAUUUGCUAAAAAUCCUUCCCUUGCGUACACUAGCCAUCCUGAUUAUCGGAAACCGCCACAAAUUGCUAAUCCGUAUUUGCAAUGUCUCGGAGCGCCACAUAUAGACUCGUUCAAUUUUAUGCUAACAGACGGGCUAAAAGCUACAAUCCAAAAUAUUGUACCCCUCGAGUUCGAGUUGACGACAACAGGGCAGCGCGUAAAAGUGAGCAUAAUCGACGGUACGUUCGCGAAGCCGUCGGUCCCGAUGGAGGCGGUUGGCAUAAAGACACAAAGCGUAUACCCAACAGAAUGUAGGCAGAGGGCGGCAACUUAUAAGGGUGAAUUCAAGGUGCGGAUAUCAAUAACCAUUGAUGGAGUGGAGACUACAAUAGAUAGAUCACUUGGAAAUUUGCCAAUUAUGGUUAAGUCCAAAAUGUGUCAUCUGGCUGACAUGUCGCCUGAAGAGUUGGUAGCACAUAAUGAACAUGCAGAUGAAUGGGGUGGCUACUUUAUAAUUAAGGGCCACGAGCGGCUCGCUCGCAUGCUCCUUGUGACGAGACGCAACUUCCCCGUCUCUAUAAAGCGUGCUGGGUGGAAGACCAGAGGAAACCUUUUCUCAGAUUAUGGUAUAUUGGUGAGGUGUGUUACUUCUGACCAGACUGCUACCAACAACUCCUUACACUUUCUUCUAAAUGGAACUUGCAAGCUUAUGUUCUCUUACCAGAAGACUAUGUAUUACACGCCAUUACUGCUCAUCAUGAAGUGUUUAGUGGACUGGCAGGACCAUGCCAUAUACAGGGUGUUGCUCAGUGGCAAGAAAAAUGAUUUGUACUACGUGAGUUGCAUUCAAAACAUGCUACGUGAGUUGCACGAGGAGGGUCUGCACACGGGCGCCGAGUGCCGCGCCUACCUCGGCCGCAUGUUCCGGCCGCGGCUCAUCGGCGUGCCGCCCUGGGCCUCCGACGACGAGGCCGCCGCCUUCCUGCUGCAGCGCUGUCUGCUCAUACACCUGCACGACAACAAGGACAAGUUCAAUGCCCUCGUCUACAUGACGCACAAGCUCUAUGAUGUCGUACAGAACAAAUGCAAGGUGGAGGGCGCGGACGCAGUGAUGUGCCAGGAGCUGCUGCUGGGCGGGCACCUGUACCUGCAGGUGCUGAAGGAGCGGCUGGAGAUGAUACAGAUCGCCUUGCGCUCCAACAUCACCAAGCGCAUGCAGCCCGGGAAUCCUCUCACACUCAAUGCGAAAGAGUUGAACAUGAUAAUGCGGUCGGUGGGUACCCUCGAGCAGCGCAUGGAGACGUUCCUGGCGACCGGCAACGCGCCCUCCAACCACGUGUCGCUGCCGCAGUACAAGGGGCUCACCAUCGUGGCCGAGAACAUCAACCGCAUGAGAUACAUGUCGCACUUCAAGGCCAUCCACCGUGGUUCAUUCUUCAUGGAGAUGCGCACGACGGAGGCGCGGCAGCUGCUGCCGGACGCGUGGGGCUUCGUGUGCCCCGUGCACACGCCCGACGGCGCGCCCUGCGGCCUGCUCAACCACCUCACCAUGUCCGCGCAGGUGACACAAAAUCCAGAUCCCAAGAAAGUCGAACAACUGCCUUCUGUCCUAGAGCGAUGUGGAAUGGAGCCAACCAGCACCAUAUCCCACACGCCCCUUUCCACGGACGAGUACAAGUACCCAGUGUUCGUGGACGGCCGGCUGGUGGGCUACUUCGCCGAGGACACGGUGCACAAGUCCACCGCUUACUUGCGCACGCUCAAGAUCAAGGGCGACGAGGUGCCCAUUAGCACCGAGAUCGUCGUCAUACCAAAGAAGCAGAAUAACGGCCAGUAUCCGGGCGUGUUUCUGAUGACGACGGAGGCGCGCAUGAUGCGGCCCGUCAUCAACCUGGCCACGGGGCAGCUCGAGCUAAUCGGCACCAUGGAGCAGCUCUACCUCGACAUCGCCGUUUCUCAACAAGAGAUCUACAAGGGUAAAACUACACACAUGGAGCUCUCAAAAUCGGCCUUUAUGAGCAACCUGGCCCAGUUGGUGCCGAUGCCCGACUGCAACCAAUCGCCACGUAACAUGUACCAGUGCCAGAUGGGUAAACAGACGAUGGGUACGCCGAUCCACACGUGGAUCACGAACGCGGAGACCAAGCUGUACCGGCUGCAGACGCCCGCCACGCCGCUGUUCCGCCCCACGCACUACGACAACAUCGGCCUCGACGACUACCCCUGCGGCACCAACGCCAUUGUAGCCGUUAUUUCUUACACGGGCUACGACAUGGAAGACGCGAUGAUCAUCAACAAGUCGGCGUACGAGCGCGGCUUCGCGGCCGGCACGGUGUACAAGUCGGAGAUGGUCGAGCUGCCCAACGGCUCCUCCUACUUCAGCCGCGACGACUCCAAGCCGGCGCUGCUCGCACACCUCGACGCGGACGGCCUGCCGCCCGUCGGCGCGCGCAUACAGCCCGACGACCCUAUUUACAGCUACUACGACGGUGACAAGAGCCAGUACGUGGUGUCGCGGUUCCACGGCAAGGAGGAGGUGUUCGUGGACAGCGUGCGGCUGUGUGGCGAGUUCAACCCCAACGCGCCCAAGAAGGCGUGCAUUAUGCUCCGGAUACAGCGUAACCCGACGGUAGGCGACAAGUUUGCGUCCCGCGCCGGCCAGAAGGGCAUCUGCUCGCAGAAGUGGGUGGCGGAGGACCUGCCCUUCACCGAGUCGGGGCUCAUCCCGGACAUCCUAUUCAACCCGCACGGCUUCCCUUCUCGUAUGACCAUCGCUAUGAUGAUCGAGUGCAUGGCGGGCAAGGCGGCGAGCGAGCACGGACAUGUACACGACGCGACCCCGUUCCGUUUCAACGAAAAGGACACAGCCAUAGAAUACUUCGGCAAGCUGCUGGAGGCGGCCGGCUACAACCACUACGGCACCGAGCGCAUGUACAGCGGCGUCGACGGCCGCGAAAUGCAGGCCGACAUCUUCUUCGGCGUCAUACACUACCAGCGGCUCAGGCACAUGGUGUCUGACAAGUGGCAGGUCCGUACGACCGGCGCGGUGGACCGGCUGACGCGGCAGCCGGUGAAGGGUCGCCGGCGAGGUGGUGGUGUGCGUUUCGGAGAGAUGGAGCGCGACGCGCUCAUCUCACACGGGGCGGCUUUCCUGUUGCAGGACCGCCUGCUAGAGUGCUCCGACAAGAGCCAGGCGAUAAUGUGCGUGAAAUGCGGGUCGCUGCUGGGCCCGAUCGUGGGCGGCGCGCUGGGCGCCAAGGAGACGUGCCGGCUUUGCGGAGAAGGUCACCUCGUCGCGCUCGACAUACCCUACAUCUUCAAGUUCUUCGCCACGCAGCUCGCCUCCGUCAACAUCAACGUUAAGAUAAACUGCGAUAUAAACCUUGCUGUUAGGAGAGAGAAAAUUUAGAUGUUAAGUACACCUAACCUAGCUCACUUAAAAUAAAACUAUUAUUAUAUUUUCUUA